AUGGCACCGCGCGCCCCGCAGCUGCGGCACCACCCGCCGUAUCUCCUCCUCGCCGAGGCCGUCGCCUCCUGGCAUCCCUUCCAGAAGAAGCCCUGUCUCUCAGACCGCUCCACCGCUACCCCCUCCUCGGCCCACCUCCCUGAUGCGGAGACUCCGACGCCUGCCCCCUCAGGGGACGGUAGCGGCGGAUCCUUCCGGUGGCUCGGGCUCCGCAAGCGCCGCCGCCGCGGUGCGGGCUCGCGGUCCGUGUCCGGCCGCAGCAGCGACCGCCGGAGAUCCGGCACGUGUUCCGAUUUCCACUUCACGUGCGGCGCCGGUGGCGGCGGCGCCACUGACUCCAGCGGGGAGAUGUGGGCGUCGGAUGUCGGGGAGGUGCGGAUGAGGGACGUGCCGAUGGCGACGGAGUUCGGCCCGGCUCCUGUUGCUGGGAUUGGUGCCGCGAGCGGUGGGGUAGGCACGGCAGCGGAGGCGACGGUCGCCGAUUCUGGGUACGGGAGCGAACCUGGGUACCGUGGCGACGUGGAUCUGGGAUACGGUGAUGAGAUCGACGAAGAGGAAGAGGAGGAGGAUGGGAGGCAGCAGCUGUUCUGGGGCAGGGUUAUUGGAGGUGAUGAGCGUCCUUGA